UCACCUGUGGAUGUGAGGAAAGGGGAGGAGGAGGAGGAGGAGGAGGAGGAGGAGGAGGCAGGCUUUCUGAGGAGCUGCACCCAUCACCCGGCACAUCCAGAAAGAGGGGAAGGCAGAUGGUCCGCAGCAAGUAUUUCACUGUGAAAGGUUUUCCAUGGCAGAGGCCGGGCGUCCUGUGUCACAGCUAUGCCCACUAGGGGGGGCUGUUUCCUUGGAAUCUUCCCUCUCUGGUCAGUCCUUCUUUGAUAGCUCUACAGAGGCUGCUACACCCUCCAGACUGGCUGGAGGACCAGGUAACACCUCCCAGGAGGAGACCAAGGGGGCCGUCAGUGACAUCUGUAAAGAGCAUUUAGCAACUUCUCCUACCAGAGAAACUAACUGCAGCAGUCUGAGGGCCGGCAGAGAACCUGGUGAACCGGAACAAAGCCAGUCUGAACACUUUGAGCCCCAAAGGGUUUCCAGUCACCCUCCUAGUCUGGCUGAGACGCAUUCAUCCCCACAUCACCAUGGGACAGUCGUGAAUACAAACAAUGACAACCCUCAGGAUGGAGGGACAGAGCAGAACAUAAACCCAGCCUCCCUACCUGUUCACAGGAGUCCCUCAGAACCUUUGCCUCUGGUUAAACAGGGAGUGGCCCCCCAGGCGGCAGUCAGUCACAUGUGUGGACUAGCACACCAUGUUGGAGACAACAGUACCCAGGAGGCUGAGAGUCCCUCCAUGUUAGCCUUCAAGCAGCCCAUGCAGCUGCAGCAGUGCAACAUCAUCACCACUAUUUGUCGGGGGGUUAACAGUGGAGAAGGUGCUGUCCAGCCCCCUCAGAGCCGCUGUGUCUGUGUCCCGUUGCCCAUGGCAACAGCCGAAGCGGAGGGUGUUGGGGAAAAGUCCCAUCUUCCCUCUAAAUGUGACAACAAAGCACUCUGCUAUGGCUCCUACAACCAUCAUGUCAAUUUUGAGGACACCUUUGCUGCCUACUGCCAUCCGCAGCCCAUCCCUGCCCCCCCCCAGUUGCUGCCGCGCCCGGCAGCUGCAGAGCCCUCAGUGACAAACCAUCUGGCCCUGCCUCGCCUCAUCUCCUCUGUCAGCGAGACGGGCCUGGAUGCCAAACACCUGCUGCGCUGCUGCAAUCUCCACUGCUCUUGGAUCAGCAUGCUUCCUCCAGGUGCGGGGCCACAGGCCCAAAAACACUCUGGCGGAGAAGAAUGCAGCAGCCGUCCCAUUGGCCAAGUCCGAACCAUCAGCCGGGACAUGGCGACUAUGACAGCGCACAAAGAGCUGAGGGAUGUCGGGGUGCAGACGGGACAGACUGUCACACCCCACGUGUUCCCCCAGAUCUGUCUGGCAGAGGAGAACAGGAGUGAGACCUCCUGCAGCCAGACAUCAAACACUGAUAGUGAUGGAGGCAAGAAACCGGGUGGAGCCUCCAAGUCCCCAGUGAAGGAGGUGAUGUGGGAUGCAGAGGGGAUGACGUGGGAGGUGUACGGGGCCUCUGUGGACCCCGAGGAGCUGGGCCUUGCCAUCCAGAAACACCUGGAGCUGCAGAUCAAGGAGACAGCAAUCCAUGCGGCCAAGCUGUCCCGCCAGGACAACAACACCACCCGGCAGGGCGGAAACACCGGCUGGAAAAGGAAGAGGAGCAGGGUGAUGGGGUCCUUCCGAACCCCGGCCUGCUGCACUCGCAGCACCACAGCAGUGGACUAACGGACCACAACCUGAACACUGUGUACGCUACUGUCAGCCUCAAAUCUGGUCAGAAGGUCAAUGGAAGAUAGAAUGAAUGAUUUAUGGAAGAGCAUAUGAAAUGUUGAUUAAUGUAUGAAGGUCAAUGGAAGAUAGAAUGAAUGAUAUAUGGAAGAGCAUAUGAAAUGUUGAUUGACGUAUGAAAAAGGAAAAUCUAAAUGACAGAGUGCUGGAAAGGAAACUUAUUAUCAACUAACAAGAGCUUUUUCAUCAUUUUGUUGUAUUGGUUCAAUACUUCCUAUAAUUCUUCAAUAUUACUAUUGAAAUCAUGAUUCCUGCAGCUGUGCACUGCCAGUGUUUUACAGGUGUGUAUUCAUAAUAGACACUUAUGAUAAGUACUACUCGUGUAAACUGUGUAAAGGAUUUGUGGAGUGGGGAAUAUCAUCUAUUUCAAUACAGAGACACCUCCACCCCCGUAGAUUUUCCCGUAGCGUCACCCUCAGGAAAACUUUAACCCCACUUUUGGGAUGGCUAAGGCUCUAGGACUAGCUGCGUCAUAAUCUACAUUAUCUGUCAAACACUUGAGUAUUAUUUGUGGGGGGAAAUAAACAUUGCAACUCUCUCUCUCUUGAGCUAGAUGGUUGAGAUUUCUUUUGCUCUUUGGGGGAAUCGUUGGGUCUCUGUAAAUGAUAGAGUGUGGUCUAGAACUACUCUAUCUGUAAAGUCUCCCCUGUUAUAAUUUGACACUAUAAAUAAAAAUUAAUGGAAUUGAAUAGCAGCCAAUGCAAACGUUGUCAUUCUUGGAUAUAAAAUUUACACAUGGGAAAAUCAAUUUGUGCUGAAACUAUAGAACCUAUGAAUACACCCAGUAAUAGAUAUUGAAAGCAUAAAACACAUUUCAUUUCUCUGUAUCACGUUUAUAUAAUCCAGACAUGAAUCCACUCCACUUUAUUUUUCCAACUGUAUAACUGAUGUUAGUGUUAUACAGCAUGUACCAGCUCAUAAAUUGCUUAGUCGAGUAUCAGAAACACCAGUAAUGGAAAAAUAUAAAAUUAAAGUGGUAUUAAAAAACUAAACUUAACAUUUAAUACAUGUAUACAGCAAAGACAAUAAAGCUCCGGAUCAGAGCGUCACGUUGAGCCCCUGUGGGAUCCAUCAGGGAUCUGUGAAUGAAACAUAAAUGUUCAUUAGGUUUAUUCAUAUUCAUAUUUUCAGGGUGAAAAUCCACUUUCAGAGACUCGAUGUUUUGACGUCAAUCACUGUAACUGAUUCCAUAACAUUUUUAUCAGAAAAAAAGGAGUUAAUGAAGCAUGUGGGAAUUACUUUGUCAGUUUUAUUUCAUGUGAAACUUAAAUAUUUUUCAGUGUACACUGUAUGUUGUAAGUAUAUAUGUUUAAUAGUAAUAUAAUUUACAGAUAUUGCAAUGUUAGACAGACUUCAACUUGUGAAACGAAUAUUGAAUGUAUUCCUGUUUUCUUCAGUAAUGCUGACCUCUGUUAUUCAUAUUUUCAUUUCCGUCUGUUUGUUCCAAAUUGUGUGGAGCUAAACUCGUUGCCAACUCUGUUGUGUUAUCGGUGUAGCUAUUGAAAACAGUGUGGACCAAGAGACAAACAGUUGGUCUGAAGUUGAAAUGAACCCUGGGACAUUCUGAGAAAUCAUCUGAUACUUUGGGGAAACGUCUGCCACCUUCCCCCGAUGAGAACAUGGAGAUCAGUUUGCUCUCAUCAUGUCCGUUACAGAGAUAGACAGCAGGUCUAGGAAGUGUUUGGUCUAGCUUAGCAAAAAGCCUAGACGCAGGCUGCUAGCUUAGCUCCCUCAUAAAAAACAAUAUGCCUUAACGAAGUUGCGGUUGUGACCAAUGUUGUACCUUGGAUUGUGGAUCUAACUGUUUGCAGAUGACACUGUUGUAUAUUUUCUUAUCUGACAGGAUUUAUUUUCUGUAUUCUCCAACUGAAAAUUAACAUUACCAAUACAGAAGACUACACAAUGUUAUGGUAGAGAGAUGCUGACAUAAAACAACUUUCUAUAUU